CAAAGAAUUAACAAUGUGUUCUUUUCUAUUCUAUUCCGAAUGAGGAGGAAGAGGAUGAAGAGGAGUUGACUCCCCUCAGCGCUCCUCCCACGCUGUCAAUCACAGAAGAAAUCCUGGAGUUCAUCAACCAGAGCAGAGCCAGAGAUGGACUCACCGCCAUCCACACUGACACAUCGGUGCGCGUUCUGGAUCAGCCCAAAGAGAGUCAGCCUCCAUCCAUCCCGACCAACUUCACCUGUCCACUGCCCCCAGUCGCCUGCCCCUCCAGUCCAGAACAAAGACCCACAAUGCACCAGGAGCAGGAAAAAGCAGAGGCCGAGAAUGACGGCACCUUCCAAAGUCAGCCUGGUGACCCUGGAGGGGAAAGCGGUCUUGAAAAUGAGAGGACUAUGAAUGAAGUCCAGGAAAUCCAAGAUGCAGCAAGUGAAGUGGAGAAGGGAGUGGAGGAGGGUGGAGAGACAGAAGGAGAAGUGUUAGGAAAAGAGGAAGGAGAGGAGGAAACAAGAGAUGAAGGAGGAGAGAUUAUCAUCCAUGUGUCAGAUCUUCAUCCCUCCAUCUCAGAAGAGGAAGAAAGAAAGAGUUGUCAGUCGCCCAGGGAAGAGGUGAUCACUGAAACCACCACUUCCUCCCCAAAUCCAGAUCCCCCUCCUCACCCAUCCCAGAGAGGCCAGCAACGCUCAAGAGGCUCCCACCUCACCAAGCGAGACAAGAAGAUCAUCGAAAAGAUCCGGAGUUACUACGAGGCGGCAGCUGAGGCCGAAGAGGACGAAGCAGAGGAGAAGGAGGAGGAGGACGAAGACCAUGACGACGAACGAGGAGAAGGAUUGACACAGACAAGGAGAAACAGUUUCUCACAAAUCCCAUCCGGCUUAGUGAAGGAGUCGGUAUCGCGCUUUGACAUGAGUGGACACCAGGGGGAGCCAGAGAGUGGACGAUGCAAGUGUGAAACAACGGAAGCAAUCGACAGAGAGGCAGAUCCAGAGAUCCCUUCCGUCACUCCACUCUCAGCAGAUUUAGAGAGUGAUGUACAAGCUGAGAAACAGAUCAGCUCUUUGGAUUUUGAUGCAGAAAGUCAAGCCUCUACCGAGAUUCAGGACAAGGAGACUCCAAACCAAUUGAAUCUGCAGUCGAGUCCAAACCGUCCCGUUGAAGAAGAGGCUGAGAUUCUGGGCGAAGAUGGAAAAGUUUGCAAAGGACCAUCGGAGGAAGCGCUGGAAGAACAGAAGACGAGUGUUAUGGCUACCGGAGAACCCGGUGGACAUUCCCAGCGAGGAGAAGAACCGACUAUUACCGAACAGCACAAGUGCACAGACAAACCAAUCACAACCAGUGCUGGAAACCCAGUUGUUAUGAAUGGACAUGAACCGAACCCAGCAGGGCUGGCAGAACCAAAUGAAAGCCACAUUGAACCACCUACUCCUCUGCCAGCUACAGAGCAGUGUCAAAAAACUGAGGCCAAGGCUCAGUCCACCAAACACAGAGACCUAGAAAGAACCAGCUGGAACCUUGAAGGUCUUCCCAGUCAGAUUAAAGUGGGUCGAUGGUCCCGCCAAUCCAGGAUUGUCACCGCCAACCGGGUCUUGUUUGAGGGCAUGAGGUCGGACGUAGCCGGUAUUGGGUUAUUUGAGGCCGGCCCCGUGGUGGACUCCAUGCUGAUGGAAAACUCAGAGCGCAUUCUGAGCAAGGUCCAAACAAUGGCCCGCAUGUACAGCGCCAAAGCCAGCACCAUGAAGGUCCCCCUGCAUCAGAAACGGGCCAGCAAUGUAUGGAACCUAUCAUGGGACUCAGGUAGACCGUCUGGAUACUCAACUCAGACCCAAACCGAAAGCCAGUCCAUUCAAUCUCAGACUCAAAUACAGAACCCGACUAAGUACCGGCAGCAAACACAACACCAAAAGGAAGUCAGUCAAUCAGAGACCCACUCAGAGACCAAAGUUCAGAGCCAAACAGUAACCCAAACCGGGCAGCAAUCGCAGAUCCAAAACAAAACCCAGCUGUGGAGUCAGACACAUUACCAAAGCCAGAACCAGACCAAGACUUACAGCCAGUACCAGACCCAAACCACGAGCCGGGAGGACUGGAUGAUCCAGGAGAGGACCAUAAAGAGAGCGGAGAGCCUGACAAACGGUACGUCUUCUAAGUACAAUGACUUGAUUUCUUGUCGAGUGGACCACAAGAUAACUGGAUACCAUUGCAACCCUUAAGCGUAGUUUAUUCUAGAAUGUUUUGUUACUUGGCACACUUUUCAGACAUAACUGUCACAAAUAGUUGGCUGAUAAAAACACAAUCAACAUGUCGAAGGAUUUUACAAGGAAGGCCUUAAAUGCUUGACAAGCAAAUGAAAAGUGAAGCCGA